AUGGGCGGCAUAGGCGGCAACCUCUACCUCAGCAUGUUGAAUGGGACUGAAACGCAAACUUUCGGAAAGAACUCCGACAUCAGCAGUCACCUCCACCGAGGCGGCGGCGGCGGCUGCAAGGACCUAGCCGAGUUUAAAAUGGGGAUCCAGGACGCGAGGUUUUACUACCCGGAUCCCGUCCAAGGCGGCCAGGACGCUCUGGCGCUGCCGUACCACUCGGACCCGGCGGUGGGAGGGUACGGAGCGCAGCCCGGCAGGUUUUACGCGCAGACCCUCGGCAGUUGCCCGUACGGCGGCGUGCGCUCACCGCCGAGGAGCGGAGCCGGGCAGGGCUACAUCUCGGCGGCGGGCGACGGGUUCCCCACCGGCGGGAAAGACUUGUACUCUCCGUCUCAGGAGAAUUACCAGGCGAGCUUUCAGCACGGCUUCCAGCGGCCGCCUCUCUACCCGCUACCUGGGCUACAGGUGUGCGGGAAGACGCAGGCUCUGCUCAAUAACUACCCGCUGUGGGCCAAGUUCCACAAGUUCCAAACGGAGAUGAUCAUCACCAAACAGGGGAGGAGGAUGUUCCCCUUCCUGAGCUUCAACAUCAGCGUUCUGGAUCCGUCCGCCCACUACAACGUCUACGUGGACGUGGUUCUGGCGGACCAGCACCACUGGAGGUACCAGGGCGGCAAGUGGGUCCAGUGUGGGAAGGCAGAGGGCAACAUGCCAGGGAACAGGAUGUACAUGCACCCCGACUCCCCCAACACGGGAGCUCACUGGAUGAGGCAAGAAAUGUCGUUCAGCAAACUCAAGCUCACCAACAACAAGGGCAGCACCAAUAAUGUGGCACAGAUGAUCAUGCUCCAGUCGCUCCACAAGUACCAGCCUCGUCUUCACAUCGUGGAGGUGAAGGAGGACGGCUCGGAGGACGCCGUCCUCUCAUCCAAAGCUCAGACCUUCAUCUUCCCGGAGUUGCAGUUCAUCGCUGUCACCGCAUAUCAGAACGCAGACAUCACUCAGCUGAAAAUAGACCAUAACCCCUUCGCUAAAGGUUUCCGCGACAAUUACGACACGCUGUACGCUCCCCCCGACUCUGAUCGCCUCACCCCCUCCCCGACAGAGAGCCAGCAGCUGCUGCCGGGAGGCUGCUUCCCUCAAGGCUACCUUUCGGAGCAGUACAUGAGCCCCCUGCCCCAGAGCCGCUUCUUCGGCCGCGAGGCCAUCGCCGUGGGCCCGCAGCUCAAAGACCCGUCGUCCAGCCCCGGGCCUCACAGCCGCUGGUACCUGCCGCCUCAGCAGGGCGUGGCCGCCAACCGGCUCGACUUCGCGUCCUCCUACGACGGGGACUUCUCCGGAAACGGUUUCUACAAGCCCUUCCCCUUGCAGACGUCCGCUCACCACGCGCUCGGCUACUACCCAGAGCAUCCUUUUGCAUCGACGAGCGUGUCCGUCUCCGGGGCCACCUCAGCGGGCUGGACCACCAGCCGGCCCACCCCUCAGUACCCCAGCCACCCGACUAAGCCCGCCCCGAGCCUGGGCUGGUUUAGGCCCAUAUCGUCCUCCUCGUCCUCCUCAUCUUCUUCCACGUCGCCCGGCAACCCCCGGCUUCACCCGCCCUCGCUCCUCGAGUCCCUGCAGGAAAAGCCCAAAGACACUGCGGCGGUGCCGGCGGAGGACCCCUGGCUAGAGCCCCCCUCUGUGAAGUCGGCGGCCUCGGCCGACUCGGGCCUGUUCGAGGGCACCAAGAAGAGGAGGGUGUCGCCGUACACGUCCGGCUCUGAAAACUCGCCGCCACGGCGCGGCGGAGAGGUCUGCGAGAAGGACAGCAACAGCGACGCAGACUACUACGGCUACUACACCCACUGAAGCCGCGAGGCGCCAUCGCUCUCACACCGCCCUAGUGGACAUAUGUCUGUCCAGCCGGGUCAUGGUUAAGAAAAGUCUCUGAUUCUGCUGAAGACAACACAAACAAACAAAAACGAACUUCUGUCACAUCACAAAACCCCCCCCUUCUCCUUCAAAGUGUCGAAUGAUUACAGGAGAAACUUCCAGGGUUCCUGUCAAAGUUAGUGUUGAACAGGAGUCGAUGUGACUGGGGGAAACUGCCCUUGAGUCACACCAACACCACACAGA